CGCUCCCAUUGUCAGAUUACAAGAUUGUCAAUUAAGAGAAUAUAAGAGUCUUUCUUUACUUUUUCGAGUCUGGACAUUCUCUUCAACUUGACUCAUCAUGGCUGAAACCGCCAAACCAGAGCCAGUCUCGAUUUCACCCCUCCUCCAACGCCUUGCAUACCCCGAUGUCGCAAAAGUCCAAGUAUCAGCGGAAGAAAUCGCCGCGGCUUUUGCGCUGAUAUUCGAGGAUAGGCUGUCCAUCAUACAGACAACUGCUCUGCUGACUCUUCUACAUUCCACCGGAUUGGAUCGUGACUCAAAAGUCAUUGCGCUGUGCUCGAAUCGUAUGAGGGAAGCUGCCAGCACCGUUGACAGGCCUGCAUUGAGAGCUGUUGUCAAAUCGAGAGGUAGAAGAGAAGGAGAGUAUAGAGGAGGAUUGUGUGACAUUGUUGGCACAGGCGGCGACUCCCAUUCAACCUUCAACGUCUCUACGACCUCAUCGAUCAUCGCAUCUGCUCUGUUGAUGAUAGCCAAACAUGGCAAUCGCUCCCAAACCUCCUUUUCCGGCUCAGCAGACGUCCUGAACUGCAUCCUCCCCGUACCGCCGAAGAUUUCAGCCAUUCAAGCAAACGAUAUUGCCAAAGUGCUCGAAGAGACCAAUUACACUUUCCUUUUCGCUCCCAAUUUCCACCAAGGCAUGAAAUAUGCGGAUCCCGUUCGUCGUGGUCUAGGUAUUCGUACUAUUUUCAAUCUCAUGGGACCUCUGGCCAAUCCUGUGGACUGGGCGCUAGAAGCUCGAGUCGUUGGUGUUGCCUAUCAGAGUCUAGGCCCUGUUUUCAUUGAAGCUUUAAGGUUAGGAGGAUCGAAGAAAGCUCUCGUUAUCUGUGGUGAGGAAGAUAUGGACGAAAUAAGCUGUGCUGGGCCCACGAAUUGCUGGAGGCUCUCUGAAUACCCUAACCCGACAUACAAAGACGAUGCAGCCAACAACGACGACGAUGACGAGGCCGACGAGGAUGAUGAUGAUGAAGACUCCGUGCCUCGGACACUCACCAAGCUCGACAUCUUCCAACUCCACCCUAAAGAUUUCGGCUUCCCAACCCAUCCCAUAACGGACGUGUACACCAAGAAACUGCCCAAACAAAAUGCAGCAAAGCUUAUGAGUAUUUUGCGCAAUGAGCUGGACCCAGAAGAUCCUCUGAUGCACUUUAUCCUCAUGAACACAGCUGCACUAUUGGUGACGUCCGGAAUAUGUGAAGCUGAGACUAGCAAUAUGGGUCCUGGAGAUGACGGUAAAGUCAUCACGGAGCGUGGACCAGGCGGUGGUCGCUGGAAGGAAGGUGUUAGGCGAGCGCGAUAUGCGAUCACAAGCGGCCAGGCUCUGAGGAGUUUAGAGCAAUUUAUAGAAGCCACGAAUCGGCUGUGAGUGAGACAGCGGAGUAAAUUCCAAGGACUUGGAUAAGCCGAUAAAAUGGUAUAUAUGAACCUUAUUUCAGGGAAUUUAAGAUCCAGGAAAUGGACCUAUGGGGAAUUUUUCAUGAAGGCAAAAAGAUAUUUUGUAUUUUUAAUAUGACUCCUUUCAUGACCAUCAGGUAUAAUUC